CUGGGAUUUCCAACUUCCACCAGUCGCACCGCAGCACUCCGUUGCACCAAAGGCCAAGAGAACAUCCUCAGCGGACACCGUCACCGUGUCUUCCACAGUCUUUCACGACUUCUUUACCUUACAUUUUCGCGGUCACCUCUCGCUUGAAUCCCGUCCCCACCCCGACACUCUCUGCCACAAUGACCAUAUCCAGCCUCCUCCACACCAGUCGAAUCAGCGACGCCCUCCUCCACACCAUCUACGCUUCCGAUCAAGAAAUGUACCCGGCUCCGUUGACCUAUGAGCGCCUGCAAAGUUGGAGAGACGCCUGUCCCGAGUUGUCAAUCUGCUUCAGUGCCAGCAAUGAUGGCUCGGAACAACCAGUGGGCGUCAUCAUUGUCCUUCCUCUUGUGAAGACGUAUUGGGAGGACUUGCUGGUGGGCAAGAUCAAGGAGGUGGACAUUGAUGCUGGAGAGAUGUUCGCGGGUGUUGGUGGUGGUGGUGGAAGCAGCACGAAGAUGGAGAGUGAGGUGCAGCUGCAGGCGCCUGUGGAGGUUGGAUUGCAUGUGUUCCACAUCGAACGCUUCACUGCAUGGGACGCCGGAGACGCCUCGAAGAAGACUGGUGCGCGGCCUGCAACAGUGACAGUGGGAGGCUGUGAGUAUGGCAGCAUGCGAUUUGCGGACAUGGUAUUGGCAGAGAUCCAGAGGAGGGUUGAGGCAUUCAACGCUGAGGCGGCGGAGAGGAGAUGGGAUGUUCUGGGAUUCUCUGCACUCACGGCAACGCCUGCGGGAAAGAAGACAUUCGCGCGCCUGGGUUUUGUGCCCACGGGAUACAAGGAGAUUUUUCGGCUCGUUGAGACUUCAUCGUCGUCAUCCCCAACGUCUGAGGUGCACUCGAACGGUGACGAUCUAAGAGGCUCCCAGAACAACGCAGGUCCUCAUACGACAGUGAGCGCCAUCUACAUCUACCCAGGCGAAGCCCGCACGGAGAAGUUGGGAUCCGAUGUCAUUUCAGAAUCGGAGAUGACUGUCAGAUACAGUGCAACUUCUUCCGAGAAGAUGAGCAGCGUCUGGUGGUAA